AUGGAGUUUCUUCUUGAUACUUUCGAUUUGCCCAUCCCUCAGAAAGCUCCAGAGAUAGAAGUCCGAAAGAGACGGAGGGGAAAAAACAAAGGGAUGCGAAAAUAUCUAUCUAUCUAUCUAUCUAUCUAUCUAUCUCAUUCCGUUCAAGUAUCUAUCUAUCUAUGUCAUUCCGUUCAAGUAUCUAUCUAUCUAUCUAUCUAUCUGUUGCACGUAAGAAGAAAAAACGUCGAAGAAGUAUCUAUCUAUCUAUCUAUCUAUCUAUCGUUACGUAUUCGAAGUGUUCCCUUGCCAAUUAGGCCACGGAAAUUCGUCGUGAUGAAGCACGGCUCAUAUACCUAUCAGAUAUUGCACACCUCUCAACAAGUGCUUCGUGUAACACACUUCUGUUAUAUUUACUAUUCAAUACACUAUCUAUCUGAAACUUCUUGUUAUUUCUCAAACAUUACUUGGUCACGUCACUAUCUAUCUAUUUCAUUACGUUCAAUUAUCUAUCUAUCUAUCUAUCUAUCUAUCUAUCUAUCUAUCUCAUUCCGUUCAAGUAUCUAUCUAUCUAUCUAUCUAUCUAUCUAUCUAUCUAUCUAUCUAUCUAUCUCAUUCCGUUCAAGUAUCUAUCUAUCUAUCUAUCUAUCUAUCAAGAAAAAGAAGACGAAGGAGUAUCUAUCUAUCUAUCUAUCUAUUAUGUGA